AUGCUGCUCUCCCGCCUGCAGCGCGUGUCGUGGCCGCUGGCCUGUCUAUGGUUUGCGACAUGUGCGACAGCCGCCAUUGCGCCGUCGAACAGCUCGACCGCUGGCGAUUUCCCCGGCACGUUGGCUCUGGAGCGUACGGAUGGCGACCAGACACAGCUUGCGGCGCUUGUGCCAUUGACUGGACAAGCGAGCGGGGGAACGGUCAACGGAAACCUCGUGAAGACCGACUUCAACAAUGCCGCCAACUUGUCCAUGGUCGAUGUCGCCUACAUCAGCUGCGACUCGGAGGACUACACCGGCUUCGACGACGCGCAACGCGUCUUCAAAGAUGCAUACGAAGCUAAUGCGCGGGCCGUCGUCUUGUACAGCACUAGAAGCGACUACUGCGCAUACGCCUCGCAGAAUAGCCAGGAGAUGAUCCAAUCCCUCUACAUCUAUUCCAUGACAAGCAAGGACAACUCCAAGUCACUACUCGGCCUGCUGGGAAACACGACGCUCUCCGUCGAAGUCGAGGGCAGGGGCGGAGCCAACACCAACACUGGUGGGGCCAUGGACCAGCGGAACCCGCUGGGGCCGUCGCCGUCCACGGCUGUGGCCAUGAUCAUUCUGUACAGCAUCACGGGUAUCAUCACUGCGCUGUUCCUGGUCAUCAUCAUCACGGGCGCUAUCCGAGCGCAUCGCCAUCCCGAACGCUACGGGCCCCGGAAUGUGCUAGGACGGCCGAGGCAGAGCAGAGCAAGGGGACUGGGACGAGCCAUCUUAGACACGAUACCCAUCGUCAAGUUUGGCGAAAAAGAGCCAGCGAAGCCAACGGAUGUCGAAUUGGCGUCUACCGCGGAAUCAUCGCGAGGGCCAGAGGCAGCAGGUGCUCAGACUACGACUGGCGCAAACAAUGUAUCAACAACGCCAGAGACAGCAGAGCCAGCAGAGGCCAUGCGUGAAGUGCCAACAGCGCCUGUGGAAGAACAACAAGAGGGCAUCGCUCCCGCACAGCCGGUCAUGACCGGAGCAGGUGCUAGCAAAGACAGUUCCUCCCACGACGAGAAUCUCGGCUGCUCCAUCUGCACCGAGGACUUUGAAAAGGGUCAGGACCUCCGCGUCCUACCCUGUGACCACAAAUUCCACCCCGAGUGCGUGGACCCGUGGUUACUCAACGUGUCGGGCACGUGUCCGCUAUGUCGUGUCGACCUCCGUCCCGUAACCUCCAACUCCUCCACACCCGACUCUGAUGCCGACCCUACGCCUGAAGCCGCAGCGGCUGAACAACCCCACCGCAGCGCCUUCCGCGACAUCCUCUCCCUGCGCCAUAGACCCAAUGCCACGCCCCAAGAACGCAUAUACUAUCUCCGCCGCCUGCGCGAACAGCGCCGGAAUCGCAGCGGCGAUGUCGCCGAACAGCAGGAAGACACAAACGAUAGGCGGAGAAGCAGAAUGGGCGUCAGAUUGAGUGGUGUAUUUGGAGGACGAGCGAGGAGAGAAAGAAGUCCACAGGUGGAAGAGAGCACUCAAAGUGGAGUGACGCAGCGGGAGGGAUCGCCAGCGACGAAUGGAGCUGCUGAGAGACGAGCUUGA